ACCUUUUCAUCAUGAGCAUUGUAGCUGCAUGCCUUUAACAAGCUGCAGAUAGCUGCAAAACUUGAGAGAAUUAGUGCGAUAGAAAUGUUCUCCCGCGUAGUAGCCUCUACCUUUAUGGAGAAUGUUCGAGCCCGUGCGAGCCCGUGCGAUCAUUUGGUUGAAAAUAAGGCCCGUUCCACUGGGCUACCACCUCUGGGGCUUGGGGCUUGGGGCUAGGUUUGAUACAUACGUACAUCAAGAAAUCAAGAAAAAAACCUAGGUUCCGACGAAGGCACCGAGGCUCGCUCCAAGAUCCAAACCCUUUACCAUCGCCGAAGGCCGAAGGAAAGAAAAAUCCAGAAUCCACGAGGAUGGGGUCGACGCUGGCGAAGCCCUCCCUCCGUCCUCCGUUUCGCCACCUCGCUGGCGCCGUCUCCACGACCCCCUGUGCCCCAUCCCUCUCUUCUUCUUCGUUACCGUUUCCUUCGCCGCCGCCCUUCAUGGCGGACUACCUGGUGGACCGGCUCGGCUACCCAAAAGAGCAGGCUCUCGCCUACUCUAAGACCCUUCUCCGCAUCACCUCCCCGGAGAAGCCCGACGCCGUCCUCGACUUCCUCCGCCGCCGCGCCGGCCUCUCCCUCCCCCAGCUCCGCCGUUUCGUCCGCUGCCGCCCCGCCAUCCUCAACGCCGACGUCCCCUCCAACCUCCUCCCCAAGCUCUCCCUCUUCCAUUCCCUCCUCUCCCACGCCCACGCCUCCCCCGACGUCCCGCCCCCCAAGAAGCUAGCCGCCCUCGUCUCCACCUGCGCCCCCGCCUUCGGCUACAGCGCCGCCGCCCGCCUCGCCCCUGCUCUCGAUCUCCUCCGCUCCCUCUUCUCCGGCGAUAACCGCAAGGUCGCCUCCGCCCUCCGCCGCUGCCCCCGCCUCCUUACCAACGACCCCAAGAAGGUACUCGCCCGCAACCUCGCCGUCCUCCGCCGCGGCGGCCUCGACGCCGCCGCCCUCGUCGAGAAGGCCCCCAUCGUCCUCAUCCUCAGCCCUGAACAGCUGGACUCGGCAUUCCGAAUCGUGGAAAAGGAAUUGAACAUCGACAAUGCCUCUGUCGCCGGCUAUUUCGAUGCUGUUUACCUGGCAACCUCCUUGUCCGAGACGGCCUUCAAGAACAAGCUGGGAAUGCUCAGGAGCUACGGAUUCAGUAAUGCCGAGCUGCUCACCUUGAUCAGAAGGGCUUCUCUCUUCUUCCGGCUCACCGAUGAGCACAUGAAGAAAAAGCUGGAGUUCUUCAUUCACACUGUUGGCUACACUCCGCAGUCACUGCUGUUGAACACCUGGCAGCUGCUCUUCAGCCUGGAGACUAGGAUUUUGCCAAGAUAUGAGCUGCUGCGGGGCCUCCAAUCAAGAAAAUUACUCCGAGGAAAUCUCAAUUUUGCAAAGGCAUUUGUCAUGCCUCGAGAAAGAUUCAAUGAAGAGUAUGCCUACAAGUUCAAGGAUGGCGACGGCUCUGAUCUUGUCGAGUCCUACAUGAACAGCCCAGCAUUUGGCAAGUCAACCCCUGAGGAUGAUUCUGGUUCCAUUUAGGAGUAGUAACUGAGAUGAGUGUACGAGUUGAUGGUGUAUAUGUCUCCAUAGUCGUUCUGCUGGUGUUUGAGGAGAGUAGCUCAAGCUCUAGUUAAUAUCUAAGCUGAAGCCUGGAAGGACUUCAAGUGUCGAACAUAUUUCUUGGUACCAUCUAAGACUUUAGUUUACUGGUUUUCAGAAUGCAACUUAUGAUAUUUUUUACUCCUUUGUCUAACAAGAAAAUUUUUUAGCUUAGGAGAUUAGAAAAGUUCUCAUCCCCAGUUUGGAUAUAUCUAUAUAUAUGUUAUUCUGAACUUCAUUUCUUAGAAAACAAAGGGAUGGUAUACAGAGAUUGCAUUUGGAUACCAUACCAACAACAUUAUGCUCGUUACAGCUAUUAUGAAGGUACUUUCCCAUUUAUCUUUUAGUUUUUUUUAUAUAUCUAGAUCAGUGUCUAUUUGGUAGUACAUUAGUACAUGCUAGAUGGUAAGAUGUUCAUUUAGUAGCUUGUCACUAUUUUUUUUAUGUUUGAAGCGGCAGGAUGCACAAAUUUCAAGUAAGACAAGCUUGAAAACUAUAUUUGUUGUUAUCAUAUUUUGGUUUUACAAUUUAGGUGAAUAUCCUAGGAUCAAGCAAUUUGCUUUCUUAUACAUGCAUACAAAACAUGGGAGAAAUGUGUACAGCACGUUCAAAAUAGUGCUACUUGUUACUUCUUUUUUUUUUUCUCUUUUUUUCUCUCUUAUCUUUGAUACUGGAGGUUCUUAGAUUUGAGAUUGGACUUUAGGUGUGCAGUUGGAAAAGAAAUUUCGAUAGAUGUAAAGGCUAUUUGGUGGGGUGGCUAUGACUCUUCUAUGUGUUAUCGGAAGGUGUAUGAUAACGUUUGGUUUGGAUGCUAUGCCAAGCAUAUAUUUGGGUUGAUGGAGGAACUAUAUGAAGAUGGAACCUCUUUUUACUCAUCUAGGAGGUACCAAUACCAACCGAAAUAUCACUUGACAUGACAAGCUCGCUACAUUUCUAUUUGAGGCAAGGAUGUGAACAUAAGAAGUGUUUUGUCAUCUCUGUGAUCCAUCUUCUUGCCUUUCAAAA